AUGAAAUUCCUGAGGCUUCUGUUACAGGUGAGCUUUAAUACUUCCCUACCUGUACUGGUGGAUACAAAGGCUAUGCUCUCUUGCCCUCCUGUCCUGUUGACAAAUGUGGUCAUAAUAGUAUGGGAAAUAAUCCUCAGAGACAAGCCUCCCUGCAUCAGAGCUUACAGGAGAGACAAAAAUGAGACCACAGAAACAAACUGCACUGACAAGAGAAUGACCUGGCCCAACAGAUCUCACCAGAAUUCUGUCCUUCAGAUUGACCCAGUGGCCAUAACUCAUGAAGGGUAUUACAGGUGUAUAGUGGCAGCACUUACUGGGAAUUUCCAUCAUGGAUAUCAACUCCGAGUGUUAGUGGCCCCUGAGGUGACUCUGUUUCAAAGCGAGAAUAGAAGUGCGGUGUGCAAAGCAGUUGCAGGGAGGCCAGCUGCCCGGAUCUCCUGGACCCCAGCAGGAGAUUGUGUCCCUCCAAAUGAAUAUUGGAGCAAUGGCACAGUUACUGUCCAGAGCAGGUGCCACUGGGCAGAUGGCAAUGUGUCUAUUGUGUCCUGCUCUGUCUUCCAUGAGACUGGCAACUGGAGUUGGUCGGUAGAGCUGAAUCAAGGUACAAGAACCCUGGUAUUUCCAGUGUCAUACUUACUGAUCAUACUCUAUCUGAAAUCCUCUAUUUUCUUCGUUAUCCUGGUCACCGUGGGUAUCAUCUACUUCCAGAGGAUAACUGAUGGCAGAGCACGAGAAUAAAAAAUCUGGACGUUAAUUUAAAUUUGAUGAGAUAUCACAAAAAUGCAUUCAGUUGGAAUCAGCCUUCAAAUUCAACAUCUAGCUCAACUGCUCCUGUUACCCUGAUACCUUUGUGUUUAUGAGAACCAAUGUAAUGAUUUGCAAGGCCUGUUUCAAACUACAUACAUGCAAACCUUGCUGCCUGCCAUUAUAAAUGUCUAGGAUGACUCAUCUACUUUCACCUUUGCUCUGGUUAGUUUUAUUUGAAAAUGAGAAAGUACCCUGCUUCUCACCCUAAAGAGGAAGAUGACUCAGCAAAAGCCUACAACAAUUCUGUGCAGUUUUCUGCAACCCUUGGGUUCUUUGGACAGUGCUUUCAUCCUAGCGCAGCGAUUUCCCCGUGUGCAGUAAGGAUUUUUAAAAUGUUUACUUGACUAGUUAGGGGCACUGACUUCUUUUCCCUU